AUGAUUAACCAUCAGAGCAGAGUGAAAAGAAGGUCGAGGGCUAAAAAUCCCGCUGACCGAAAAAGAGCUGUCUAUGUUGAGCAAGCAUGUGCCGUCUGCAAGACCCGCAAGAUCAAAUGUGAUGGAAGUCAUCCUUGUGACCCUUGCCGCAGGCGCUCCCUCGACUGUCGAUACGCACGAAGCCCUCUUGACGCUGCUCAGCAGCUGAGUGAUUCGCCAAGCAGUACUUCCAGCGUCGUGAAGUCUAGGGGCCUCACUGAGCUAAAUGAAUUGGUUUCGGCGCUUCAGGCAAAAGUGGCCAGUUUGGAACAGCAACAGCCCAACCAGCCUGGAACAAAAUCACCAUAUCGACAAAAUCCCCAACGAGUUUCGAACAGCCUUGGUGACGAAGCCGACAAAGGAACAUCAGCACAAAAUCAUCUAUCACUUUUUGCUGGUCCAACUAGUUCAAAUUUCAGCUUCAGCCUUGCUAGAUUGAUGCUAGACCAAGAAAAUGCCCCAGAGGCCAGAACCACCGAUCUAGAACUGGACCCGGACCUCGCCGGCUCUGUCAGUCUUGACAGAGAAACGGAUGAGGAUGAAGAAGCAGGAAUCACUCGGGCUCCUGACCUCCAACAAGAUUUCACUGCUUCCGAUUCGCUGCACGGGUUGGAAAAGAGCUAUGCACUCCAACUGAUCCAGAUCUAUCAUGAAUGUGUGGGGGUUUUGCAUCCCAUCAUUGACAUUCCAUCAUUAAAGACUCAGGUGGACUUACUCUGGCCGAACCCUGACGUUCCCUGUCCAGAUUCAAGGCUCGCAACGUCCACCGAAAAGCAGCUUACUCACUUGAGAAUGGUUCUCGCUAUUGGUCUGCUGGCAGAUGGAGGUGGAUCCAGUACCAUGAGCGAGAAGAUUUACAACGAACUCCAACCAGCAGUCACAAAUGUAGUCUUUGCGAAGACUUUCAGCUUGCAGGGCCAGAUACUCCUGCUGCUUAUGGCUUUCUUCCACAUGUUCAAAGAUGAUUGUCGUCUUGCUUCACGCUAUGUGGCGAUUGCCUGUCGCCUAAUGAUUGAAGCUGGAUUGCAUCAAAAACAUAUACUCACGCGACGUUUUGUUCAGAGCGAAGCUCGUGCAAAAGUCAUCAAUGUUCUGGUGACUUCCAUAAUAUUGGAUCGGCAACUCAACUUUAACGCUGGUUUGCCGUUUACAUUGAAGGAUGCGGACAUUGAUAUCACAGAAAUCGAUACAUUGAACCCGUACACGAAAGCGAUGACUUCAUACAUUAGGAUAGGCCCUCCUGCAUGGGCAGCCGUAACUGACGAACGUGGAAGAUUAAAGCAGCGAAUCAAGGACGAAGAUUUUGACUACGUUGACUAUCAAGUGCAACGCUGGCAUGACAGUCUCCCCGCCUAUCUACGUUUCGAUACAGACUCAACAGGAGCCAACGGAAUCAGGGACUGCAAUACCCCCAUUGACCGAGGAACACAAGUCCUGCGAUACAUACUCUAUUUACGGGCCAACCAGUUCAGGAUUGUGGUGAUGCGACCUUUAUUGUUCUCCUCACAAACUUAUACGGCGAAUAUUAAGCGUGUGAGAAUCGUUGCACACAUUGCGUAUGAUACAAUCGAGAGAAUCACGGAAAUGAAUGACAAGUAUGAUCUGUACAGAAGACUGCAGCCAAUUCUAAAUCUGUUCUUGUCAUCGGCACUGUCAACCCUAUUCCUCGUCUACAUUCACAGUUUGCGAGAAGAACGCUCCCCUACCAAUGAUAACACUACCAGUCUACCAGAUUUCAUCCAGAUGGUACGAGAUGGACUCAACAAAGGUCUUGAGCUCAUCCAAUCCUAUUCAACUUUUCGCUCGUCUAAGCUACUAUGGCAAAAGUUCGCUGGACCUCAGGGCCUCCUUCCUCGUCUCGGCCUUGCCGAGAAGACGGAAAAUGCAGACAUGACCGCUUCCGCGGUCCAUACUAGCAUGUCUACUGACGUUUUGUCGAACCCUAGCACCGCAUUCGACAAUUCCGACGAAAGCCAUCUGAACGCCCAGCGGUAUGGAAUGGAGAGCGUGCCCGGGCCGUUUAACCCUGCCUACGCAUAUCCUUCAGCUGGUGGGUUCGCACCGGUUGAUGCUGCUAAUCCUUUCGAGGUGCACGGGAUUACAACAGAAUAUUCACCCCUGCCAUUUUUAAAUAUGAAUCCUCUUCUCGUGUCUAAUGACAUUGAUGUAUUUUACGAUGACAUGUGGGGGAACACCAUGUUUUGA